CGCCCGGAGAGAUGAAACAUCUUGCCGUGUAUAGUCUCAAAAGCUGAACAAGCCGAAUCAAGACUUCAGAUGCGCCUAGCAGGUGCUUACUCCCUCCGCAUGAAGUUGAUGAGGGGGCGCGCACGUCGUCGCAGCACUGCGCUUCCCACCACCAUCGCCGCUCUGCCUCUCUCGCACCAUGCCCAGAGUGACGAGCAACGCUCGUGCACGCCAGAUCCUGGCUUGCUGCGACACUGAAGAGUACCGCCGGGCGCACACAGCUUCCGUUGCGCAGUGGGCUGUCACUCAGGCACGCAGCGAGACCGCUGCUGCACGCGCCGUCGAUGUCAAGCCGCAGCCGCAGCACGGCCUCGUCCAAGGCUCCAAGCUGAAGCUCGACUUCGCCGUUGCGUCGCAGUGCUACGCCGCAAAUCUCACGGCGCUGGACCAGCUGCGCGCAGUGGGCCUCAUCAAUCUCACGAGCGCCCUCAGUCUCGCACGCCUCGAGCAGUUCAGCGGCAAGCCGUACGCGGGCGAGUUUGAUGCCGACGAGCUCUGCGACGACGACGACAUCUGCUUUGUCAACUUCGCGCAGCAGGCGCAGCAGGCGCAGCAGCACGUCCCUCAGCGCGCACCUCAAGCAGCCGCGCCUGCUGCAGCUGCCUCUCAGCAGCUUCAAGCAGGCGCCGCAGACGAGCGCGAAGCCAGCCGCGACGCAAAGCGCGCCCGUCUCGCCGAUGCCGCACCGCCCGCCAAGCGUCCACGUGCCUCGCUCGCCGAGGCCAUCGCGAUCAGCGACGACGAAGAGGAUCGCGCGGCGGCGUCCGCCUCAUCAGCGCCUGCCGCAGCUGCGCCGCUCGACAACGACAAUGAGGCUCGUGCGGCGGCGCCCGGCACAUCUGCGCCUGCCGCUGGAGCUCCACGCGUGCGGCUCGCUGCAGGAGCUGGCACCUCUCGCUUUGCGGUGCUGAGUGUGGCGCCAGCCGCAGCAGCGGAGGAAGCGGAGCGCUCAGAUUCAGAUGACGACGAUGAGUACAUCGACAGCGACGCAACUGAAGCGAGCGCAUCCGUGCCCUCAGGCCGUCGCAAGAAGCAGGAGUCGCUUCUCACGGUAGCGAUGAAGCAGAGAGGUCCGGGCGAGGCGAUACACGUGGCCAGAGCGCUCGGCAGAUACGUCGAGGCAGCGCUGUCGCUCUCGCGCCCGUUCGGACAGCAAGAGCUCUACGCCGGCAACCAAGCGAGCAGAGCGUAUGCAUUCGACCUCUGCAUGCGCUUCAUCACUGCGCUCGUCAAGCAGCAGCAGGACAGCGCGUCCGCAAGCCGUCCCAGCGCGCAGGCCCAAGAUGACGCCUUGCUCCGUGACGCCAUCGAUGUAACGGAUCUCGGCAACAGGCCCAUGGACGCGCUCAUGCAGUACUUUGCCGACAUCGGCAUCCUCGUCAAGCGCGCUGCCAGCAGCAAGAGCAACCGCGCUUUCCUUGAUGGCAUCGUGCAGCGCGCAAAUUUCCCAGCAGAGAAGCAGAAGCAGUGCCGGCAACGCCUCCGCUGGAAGCUGCGCGCAGCAAGCGUGCUUGCUCAGGUCAUGGUGCAGGCGGGCACGCUUGCAGUGGCAGUGCCCAUUGUGCUCUGCGGCUGCACCUUCUCACGGCACUACAUCAGCAAUGGCGACGCAGCAAAGCUCAUGCCGGGCCUCUUUGGCGGCGACGUGGCGUCGUUCAGCGCCUCGACCUGUCUCUCCAACAACCAGCUACUGCCUCUGGCACUGCAGAUGAGCGCUGCGUUCUGGAAGCCGCUCAUUGCCAGUCUGCACGCGCAUUUCCCGUUCACCAGGGUGUGUGUUGCGCGCAGCAGCGACUCCGAGUGGGACCUCUCUACGCUGAAGAGUCUCAUCUCCAGCAAGAAAAUGCCGCUGGUAGACUCCUCCGCUGCAGCAGCAGAGCAGCGGCGACGUCCAACGCUUCUUGCUUCUUACGACAGGCUUGCUGCGGCCGUCAACUUUCAGGGCGACUGGAGCCGCUAUGCCGACGAGCGCGACGCAGCACGGCUCGACAAGCAGUACGACGGGACCCCAGAGCGUCCGGAUCGUCCGAAGCGCACGAGUCUGGCACGAUACACCGGCGUGGGUAUACCGCCGAGCACGACGUGGACGCUGCACGUCACCCGUGGACAGGUCAAGCUGGAGGCGUAGGCCGUACUCUGCGGUCCUGCCCACUUCGACUCCAUGCCGCUCCUCCUUGUUCGCCUCACGCCGACUCUCUCAUGCCGACUCUCUCACGUCGACUCUCUCGUGUCGACUCUUUCACGCCGCCUCUCUCGCUUCAACUCCUUCGAUCUCACUCGCUCACGCCGAGACUCUCUCUGACUCGCUCUCUCCGGCUCUCUGGCUCAACUUCUCGCUCGCCUCCGACGUUGAAGUCUCUCUCGCUCUGCGCAGAGCGCGGACCGUACAGCGAGCAGAGCAGCCGUAGCGAG